AGGUCGAAUAAAAGAGAAAACCUGGAUCCAUUCCCUGAAAACCUGUUUAAGUGUUUAAUCAGUGUUUACAGCCGUGUAAUGUGUGUGCAUUUCAGCGCUUGAUGCGUUAUAAAAUGUUGCCUAGAGGUCGCUCAGAAUCGAUGUCAACGUUCCCUUUUCAGUGUGUUAACUCUCAUGGAAGUGGAUUCCUUAUCGCCAAUGUUUGUAUCUGGAGAUACCGGUGUAUAAUAAACCGUUCAAGUCAAGGUUCUUCUUUAUAUGAGAGCAGAUGACAAUUUUCAAUUUUCGGAAAAGUUCGUCGGCCUCUGUGGACAGAGGUUGGGCCUGGAUCGUUCUUCUUGCCUGCUUUUUGGAGUAUUUCAUCAUCCUAGGAAUGUUUAAAUCGUUCGGACUAUUUUUUGUACAAUAUCAAAAGAAAUACGCGACCAGUGCUUCAAUACUGUCUAUGGUGCUCUCAGUUCAAACCAUUGUAGCCAGUGUUAGCUCAAUCAUCAUCAUGGGUAUCGGAACUCGAUACUUAACAGAAAGGACUAUGGUAAUGUGUGCCGCAAUCAUAGGACUAGCGUGCCAGUUAGGAAAUGCUUAUGCACCGUUUGCAGAAUUUUUGUUUUUCACGCAUAGUGCUUUAUUCGCUAUAUCGGCAAUGUUUGCCCAUCUGCCUUCAAUGUUGAUGGUAGGAAAAUACUUUGAAAAACAUCGUGGAAUGGCCAAUGCAAUUGCUAAUGUUGGUGGGAGUUUUGGGGGCUUGGCCUUGCCUUUUCUGUUAACCUUUCUUUUUAGUGAAUAUGGUUUGGAAGGAACACUCACUAUAGCAGGCGGAUUGUAUCUUCAUUUCCUUCCUAUUGGAUUACUUAUGAGACCAAUUGAUAGAGAACAAACUACUAAGAAAGAAAAUAAGAAUAAAGAACAUGACAAGAUAUCCGAUAUAACGGAUCAUAACGAAUGUCUUAUCUCUAACGACAAGGAGAAUAACUUAAACAUUGAAUAUGAUAUCCGAAAUACGUUCACUGGUUCAAAACACUCUCUACAUUCACUUGUUAAGUUAAAUGGGAAAUCACAUUCAUUGACAAAUAUUGAUUCUACGCACAUACGAAAUAGCAAAAUACAGUCAGUAGAAUUGUGUGGAAGCUCAAUGAACCUUGCAAGUACCGUAUCCCUAGAUAUGAUUAAUACAGCAAAAUCAAAGAACCAAAUGGACUCGGCAUCUUCUAAAUACAAUGAAGAAAGAAAUUGUUGCAUUCAAUUUUUGUUUGUGUUAUUUGACUUUUCUCUGUUCAAAGAUGCCAAAUUCGUUAUUCUAAUGAUGUUUUCUUUUCUUGUUGCUGCUGGUUGUACUAUUCCUGUGACCUACAUUGCGCCAUUUGCAAAAGACAAAGGAUUAGAAACAGAUAUGAUUGGAUACCUCCUCACGAUUUCAGCAGCCAGUGAUUUAUUUGGAAGAACUUUGUUCAUAUUUAUUUCUGAUAAUAAAAAGAUCCAAAGGUGUCAUAUGAUGACCAUAGCAAUUAUGGCAAAUGGAAUUGUCUGUCUGAUGGCAUCGUUCUAUAACGAUUUUGUUACGCUAGCAGUAUUUGGAAUUCUGCAAGCGUCAUUUGGUGGCACAUACUAUUCAUUGAUAAACGUUCUAAUAGUUGAUUUCAUAGGAUUAGAAAAUCUUAGUCAUGGUUUAGUUAUGGGCACGGUAACAAGAGGGACAUCGAUUGCUAUAACAUCAACACUAGUCGGUUUUAUACGAGACAAGACUGGAUCGUAUGUGGGUGGAUUCUACCUCAUGGGGGUCUGUUUGAUUCUUGGUGGAUUUUUAUUGUUAUUGAAGCCAUUUAUAUCAAAAUAAAGAUGUUUUCCUGGG